AUUAAAGACAAAGCUUCGAAUUUUUUUUUUCUCUAAAUCCAAUAACUCCCUCUCUCUUUCUUUCUCUUUGUACGCUCCCCUACUGUUUAGAAGUCUUGAUCCAGAAACUUCAUUCAUAUUUAAGCAUUUCUUUUGGUAGGUUUUCAAAUUUAAAAAGACAAAAAGGAAGUAAAAGAAAAAUAUGACAGUCAAAACACCAGGAACCCCAAGCAAUAAGAUAGAUAAGACACCAGUAACAACCCCUGGAGGUCCAAAAUCAAAGGAAGAGAAGAUUGUAGUUACUGUAAGGUUAAGGCCAUUAAGUAAAAGGGAGCAACUAGCCAAAGAUCAAGUAGUAUGGGAUUGUGUUGAUGACCAUACCAUUGUUUCUAAGCAUCCUUCUCAAGAACGCACUGCUCAGCCAUCUUCUUUCACAUUUGAUAAAGUGUUUGGACCUUCAUGUUUGAAUGAAACGGUGUAUGAAGGAGUGAAGAAUGUUGCUUUGUCUGCUUUGGGAGGCAUAAAUGCUACUAUAUUUGCAUAUGGCCAAACCAGCAGUGGGAAGACAUAUACAAUGAGAGGAAUAACAGAGAAGGCUGUCAAUGACAUCUAUCAGCAUAUAAUGAAUACACCAGAGAGAGAUUUUACCAUUAAAAUUUCUGGAUUAGAAAUUUAUAAUGAGAAUGUUAGAGACCUGUUAAAUUCCGAAUCUGGCCGCAAUCUCAAGCUUCUAGAUGAUCCGGAGAAAGGUACUGUGGUUGAGAAGUUGGUGGAAGAAACAGCAAGCAACGAUCAGCAUCUAAGGCAUCUAAUUAGCAUUUGUGAAGCUCAAAGACAAGUUGGAGAAACUGCCCUAAAUGACUCUAGCUCACGGUCACACCAAAUAAUAAGGCUGACAAUUGAAAGUACUCUUCGUGAAAAUUCUGAUUGUGUGAGAUCAUUUGUUGCAAGCCUGAACUUUGUGGAUCUAGCUGGAAGUGAAAGAGCUUCACAAACAAAUGCCGAUGGUGCAAGGCUCAGGGAAGGCUGUCAUAUUAACCUUAGUUUGAUGACCCUGACAACUGUAAUCAGAAAACUCAGUGUUGGAAAAAGAAGUGGUCAUAUACCAUAUAGAGAUUCGAAGCUUACUCGAAUAUUGCAGCAUUCACUAGGUGGAAAUGCACGAACUGCCAUCAUAUGUACUUUGAGUCCAGCACUAAGUCAUUUUGAACAAUCUCGUAAUACUCUCUUCUUUGCUACCCGGGCAAAGGAAGUGACAAAUAAUGCACAAGUCAACAUGGUUGUUUCAAAUAAGCAAUUAGUCAAACAUCUGCAGAAAGAAGUAGCCAGGCUAGAAGCUGAGCUUCGCACCCCGGAUCCAUCUAGGGAGAAGGACUUGAAAAUACAACAAAUGGAAAUAGAGAUUGAAGAGCUAAAGCGCCAAAGAGAUCUCGCACAGUCUCAAGUCGAUGAGCUACGUAGAAAACUUCAGGAAGAUCAGCAGAUUUUAAACCCAAUUGAGUCACCAAGUCCAUCUGUGAAGAAGUGUCUAUCGUAUUCCGAUGUGUUGUCUCCAAAACUUGAUGGAAAGGAUCUAGGCUGUCAUGAUAAAACAAGAAAAACAAUGUUGUUGAGGCAGUCUAUGAGGCAAUCAUCAACUGCUCCUUUCGCACUUAUGCAUGAAAUUCGUAAACUCGAACACCUCCAAGAGCAGCUAGGAGAAGAAGCAAAUCGGGCUUUAGAAGUACUUCAGAAAGAGGUGGCUUGUCAUAGACUAGGUAAUCAAAAUGCAGCUGAGACAAUUGCCAAGCUUCAGGCAGAAAUAAGGGAAAUGCGUUCUGUCCGGUCAGACCCGAAAGAAGUUGAAGUUGGAGCAGCUAUAGCUCCUAACAAAAGUGUUAGUGCUAACCUUAAGGAAGAGAUAACAAGACUUCAUUCACAAGGUAGUACAAUAGCUGACCUUGAGGAGCAAUUAGAGAAUGUUCAGAAGUCAAUAGACAAAUUAGUAAUGUCUCUUCCAAGUAAUCAAGAAUCCAACUGUGAAGCUACCCCCAAAACAAAGAACCAAUCUAAAAAGAAGAAGCUGCUUCCUUUAACGUCAAGUCACGUUACAAACCGGCCGAAUUUUAUAAAAUCUCCAUGCGCUCCUCUGUCAACCUCUCGGCAAGUUGUGGAGCCUGAGAAUGAAGAAAAUAGACCUCCAGAGGAUGAUGACAAUGUUUCCAAGGACACUAUCAUCGAGUUCGAGAAAGAAACACCUGUGAAGAGUGAAGACUGUGGAGAUGUUACAUCAAAGGAAGGCACUCCAGGAUAUAGACGUUCAAGUUCAGUCAACAUGAAGAAAAUGCAGAAAAUGUUUCAAAAUGCAGCUGAAGAGAAUGUACGAAGCAUACGAGCAUACGUAACGGAAUUGAAAGAACGUGUUGCUAAACUGCAAUACCAGAAGCAGUUACUUGUUUGUCAGGUGCUUGAGCUAGAAGCAAAUGAAGCAGCCGGAUACAAUUUAGAGGACAAUGAGAGUGAAAUUGAACAUGAGGAACCCCAAGUUGCAUGGCAUGUAACCUUCAAAGAACAAAGGCGACAAAUCAUUGAAUUAUGGGAUGUCUGCUAUGUCUCCAUCAUCCAUAGGACACAGUUUUAUCUGUUAUUCAAAGGAGACCCUGCCGACCAAAUAUACAUGGAAGUGGAACUUAGGCGCUUAAAUUGGCUACAGCAACAUUUUGCAGAACUUGGAAACGCAAGCCCAGCAAUAACAGGAGAUGAACCCACAGUGUCAUUAUCAUCAAGCAUCAGGGCCUUGAAACGUGAAAGGGAAUUCCUUGCAAAGAGGUUGACCACACGUUUGACUUUCGAUGAGAGAGACGCAUUGUACAUUAAAUGGAACGUACCACUUGAUGGAAAGCACAGGAGACUACAAUUCAUAAACAAGCUAUGGACUGAUCCUCAUGAUCCCAAACACAUAGAGGAAAGUGCUCAGAUAGUGGCAAAACUUGUAGGGUUUUGUGAAAGUGGUAACUUGUCAAAGGAGAUGUUUGAGCUUAAUUUUGCACUACCAGCUGAUAAGAAGCCUUGGAUGGUAGGGUGGAACCAAAUCUCAAACCUUCUUAAUCUAUAAGACAAAAAUCAUCUUGUAAGUACUUUUCUCAUUUCUGUAUAUGUAAAUGAAUUUUUGGAGUCCUUUCUCCAAUGUUCUUUGUGACCAUUUGAUGAGCACAUUGUCACUUGCUGAUUGUUUUGAGGUAUUCUUUGUAUUCUUCAUGUUUCAAUAAUAGAAUUUGCUUCAUUUUGAUGUCAA